UCAGGCUUCAGCAGUAGCAGCUCCAUCAGCUCCCUAUCGAUUUUUUUUCAAUUUACGUCAUGCACUUAAGCUGAAAGAAGUUGCGCAACCAGCUCUAUGCCGCUGUGGUUGUAUCUGUAUGACUGCCACUGUUUGGAUUUUGUUCAUUCAGUUUCAUCAAAUUAUUUUUGUGAAUAAAAAAUAUUCACGUCGCAAAGACCGUACAUGAGCGUUCGUGCAAGAUGAGGAGCGACUUGUUGCAGUGCUGCCUUUUUCCGGCGGUACUCUAUUACCUGCAAUCAAUAUCAGUUGUUGCCAGAGCGCGCAGUAUUUUCAGAGACUCUCCGCCAGUUCCUGCUCAUGCAGAACAAGCCUCCUCCUCGUCCUCUACAGCUGCACCUCCGACCCAACAGCGUAUGGGGGCGAGAGCGCAUCUCAAAACGACCAUGAUGUUACCGGAUGAUGAGGAGCCUGAAGUACUGUACCCGCGAAGAGAUGACCAGCGUCAAAAAGUAGACCGAAGCGGUGGAAUGAACUUUUUCCUGCCCAAUCCUCGCCGGCCCUUCACCGCAAAGGAGUGGCGACUGUUACGUUUUCGGCUCACGAACCAAGAAUAUGAUGGUGGGCCGACCCUGUUGAAAGAGCAAGCCUGCGUCAUUUGCUUGAAGGAAAAUAUCGUCGGAGGAGAGCACAAUGACCCUGGAAAUCCGAAUGAAAUAGAGGGCACAGUAGAUGGGAAGUGUAGCUGUAACCCUAAUAACUACAAGGGAGAUGAAACAACAAACGGGAAAGCUGGAGAUUUAGAUGGUCAACCUCAACGUUUCGGUGCAGCCGGCCCACCAACAAAUCCAACUACACCUGCUGUCGCACCAGUUUCCUCCGCCUCGUUCCCCUCGAAUGAGGCCCCGACAGCUCGAAAAAAAUCCGUGUCGGUCUACCCCUGUGGGCACGUAGUUUGCCCGGCCUGUGC